AGCGAGAUGCCAAUUCAUGAAUUAUUAAGACUUUACGGCUACGGUAGCACUGUACCUCUACCUGGUGAAGAGGAGGAGGAGGAAGAGGAUGAGGAUGAAGAAGAGGAGGACGACAAUGAUGGGAACAGCGGAUGCAGCGGGGAGAAUAAGGAUGAAACCGUUAAAGAUUCAUCUGGUCAAGAAGAUGAGACUCAAUCGUCUGACGAGCCAGCGCCAUCUGCUACUCAAGACGCACCAGAAGUUACCCGGUCUCGGCGCUGCAAGUACUUUGAUACCAAUAAUGAAAUAGAAGAGGAAUCCGAAGACGAUGAAGAUUAUAUUCCUUCGGAGGACUGGAAAAAAGAGAUCAUGGUGGGUUCUAUGUUUCAAGCUGAAAUCCCGGCCGGUAUUAGAGAAUAUCGAGAAACAGAAAAAGUGUAUGAAAACGAUGACCAGUUACUGUGGAAUCCAGAGUAUGUUGGAGAAGAAAGAGUCAUAGACUUUCUGAUAGAGUCAUCAAAGAGAACUGGGGAGGAGAAAGGACUGGACGCCAUUCCUGAAGGGGCGCACAUAAAGGACAAUGAACAGGCCCUUUAUGAACUGGUGAAAUGUAAUUUUGACACAGAAGAAGCACUGAGAAGAUUAAGGUUUAAUGUGAAGGCAGCGCGUGAAGAGCUCUCUAUUUGGACAGAGGAGGAGUGUCGGAAUUUUGAGCAAGGACUUAAAGCUUAUGGAAAAGAUUUCCACCUGAUUCAGGCAAAUAAGGUAAGAACACGGUCGGUCGGAGAGUGCGUGGCUUUUUAUUAUAUGUGGAAGAAGUCUGAGCGAUACGACUUCUUCGCCCAGCAAACACGAUUUGGGAAAAAGAAGUACAACCUGCAUCCUGGAGUCACGGAUUAUAUGGAUCGGCUUCUGGAUGAAAGUGAGAGUGCUGCUUCCAGCCAGGCCCCGUCGCCCCCUCCCACUACCUCCAACAGCAGCACUAGCCAGUCUGAGAAGGAAGAUGGCGCUGCCAGCAACACUAACCAGAAUGGGGUUUCUUCCAACGCCCCCUCAGACAUACCCAUCAGCAGAGACGACGCUGUCCCAGCACCCGUACAUUUAAACGGUCCCAGCACCGCCGAACCCCCUCCAAACGAGAGCGACACCAACGGCUACAACCGGGACGGCCUCGCCGGGGGCGACGCUAAAUUCAGCCCGGCGAACAACGCCAGGAACGACCGAGAGCCGGAGGAUGCCAGCGAGCGAUCUGCGAAAAGACGGCGAUACGGCAGCCCCGGGAAAGACAGCAGCCCCAGACCGUCGGACAUUGCUCAGGAAAUCUUCUCGCACGGCGAGGUCUGAGAAUGAAGUCGCUCUCUUCUUUCUUUCCAUCGAGACGUUUUGGAAACAAUUGUGUUUCUCGGGGCCGUGAAAUUUCAGGGUUAUGAUGCUUAUUUAACAGGUUCUAUUUUAGAUGUUUUUUUUUUUUCUUCAUACCAUUUCUUGGAACCCCAGAGAACAUUUCACCGCAAUGUUUUUAGAACGGGGAUUUCUUUUUUUU